CAAGCACAUGGAGAGUGCAUCUGAUUAACCCCAAAUUAAUUUCAGAUAUUCUAGUAGGCUUUUCCUGUCCUGUUUUAUUUCUUUGAGAAGCCUGAAGGCUUUGUGCUAACCCUGACUGCCAUUUGGAAGUGUUCUAAUGUCCUCAGUUCCAGCUGAAGAAAAAUAGCCUCAAAGCAUCAUCAAUAUGGUGUAUACGGUCAAGUGCAAUGAGAAAUGCACAGAUACGGUACAUACAUUGGAGAAACCAAGCAACCACUGAGCAGAUGCAUGGCACAACACAGACGGGCAAACGCCUCAGGUCAAGACUCAGCUGUCUACCUGCACCUCCAAGAGAAACAACACUCUUUUGAGGACAAAAAUGUGCUUAUUCUGGAUAGGGAAGAUGUUUUGAAAGAGUAGUAAGAGUGGCCAUCUACGUGAAGGUAGAAAAACCAUCCCUUCACAGAGGAGGGGCUUACGACACCAACUAUCUGCCACUUACAAUGCUGUCCUUUCGUCCAUCCCAAAGAGAGUCAAUGAUUCUGCCUCCGACAAAUAACACAAAAUCACAGCCUCCUUGGCCGUUAGGAAGCUGCACUACCACUUUACAACUGAAUGUAAUAUUAAUGAGGGAGUUUCUUGUGGACGGACAUUGGCCUCUCUGCCAGGCAUUCUAACUUUUUUGCAUUCCAAAAGAAUGAUACAGUCUGUGUUUAGGGUGUGUCUCCCACUUGGCGCAUAAAUAGUUGAGUUUCUCCAUAUCAACUCAGGCUAGUUCUAACUCGGAUGAGAGGCGAAUCGUCUUCUAAGACAACCAGAACUGUCCAGUUGUGAUUGAUUCAAUGCCUGGAGAAUGGUGGAAAAAGUUUUGAAAUGAUUUAUCUUUUUCAUUUUUUUUAUACCAGAAAACCCUGACAUUUGAACAGGGUGGGCUGGUCAUCGCUUAGCGAGUACCACACAUACUCAUGGUCGCUUGUCCCUGAAGGCUACACUGAAGGAAACGAUGUUGACUGCUGUGCACUUUUUCACGCCUCCUACCUGCCUCGCCCCAGCACAGUGGAGUACCACUUUGUCUACGUGCACAAGAUGGGGAAAGUUUGCGGCCAAAGCCGACCGUUCACCUUCUGCGCCCCCAAACCUCUGGAUGAGCUGGAGACCUUGAGAGAGGAACGAGAUGAGGAAGAUGGAGACGACGAGGAGGAGGAGCUGCUCCUGGUGGUCCCCAGAGCUCAGCUGCUCCAGAGUGAGCUAGAGGAGUGCUUGAGGGAGAAGGCAGAGUUGCAGCAGGCUGUGCUGGAGGCCAAACAGGAAAUAGAGGAGGAGAGGAGGAGCAGCACAAAAGCAAAGGAGGAGUGGGAGAGCGAAAGGGACACGAUGAAGGAGGAGAUUCACCAGCUCUGUCAAAACCUGACACACAAAUGUGACGCCUUGAAGAAGGUGGAAGGAAAACACAAGGAUGUGGAAAGCUGUCAGGAAAAUCUCAACUCUGAACUGAGUCAACUCAUGGCUGAAAAAGGGCACAGUCAGCGACAAAUCAAAGACUUGGAGGAUGAAGUCAAGGUGCUGACUGAAAGAGAGAAGGAGAGAAACGUGGAGUUGGAAAGGCUGAAGGAGAUACUGAUGAAAUUAUCCAGUCAGAUCAAACAUGAUGAAGAAAAGAGAAAGUUGCUACAAGCGGAACACGAGGCCACGCAGACGGAGGUCCGUGGGCUGCAGAGUCGCCUGGAUUCGAGCGAGCGCUUGGCCGAGGGACUUCGCGGGGAGCUGAGGGAGCUGGGCAUCCGUCAGGGCCACGCCCACGCCGAGCUGCACCAAAGCCGCCUGCAGCUGGCCCAGUUGGGCCUGCAGCUCUCUGAGGAGAAGCUUCUUCUCAGAGAAGAGCGUGCCAACUGGGCCCUGGAGAGAGAAGCUUUCAGGAGUGCGGCGCAGGCUGACCAACAGAAAGUGGAGGAGCUGAGGAGUGAGGUGCAAAGGAAGGAAGAGCAACUGCAAGCAAAGUUUUGGAGCGAGAGCGACAGUAAUAGAAUGCAGGCGGACCAGCACAGUGACACACAACUGAUGCUGCCAGCACUUGUGGACCCAGUUUUCAGGUCGGUGACUUUCAUCAGCAUGCGAGGAAACAUGUGAGGCUUGUUUGGGCGUCGGCGGCGUGUGUAAAUCUUCAGUGCCUCCAGCAGCGGCUCCUGCAGCUUGUCCACCUUCUCGGGUUCCUCCAGGUCCAUGCGGUCUGAUGAGCGAGCGGGACAGUGUGAAAAUCUCGUCAAAGAGAGGUUAUAAAAAAUAAAAAAUAAAAACUUUAUUUUUUUAUUUUUUUAAAUGAGGUGUUUGUUGUACCUCCGCAAAUGAGGCAGAUGGCACUGAGGAGGCCCGUCUCAGUGUCGUCCAUUUCCAAAGGCAGGAGCUGCCCGGCGAAGGCGAACACCAGGUCUGUGAGCGGGCCGAAGCCGGCGUUAUGCAUCUGGGUUCUGUUGAGGGUCAGGCCAUCGGAGAAGGUCAUGGUGUCUUGCUCGGGGGUGUAGCGCGUGCAUAUCCUCAGCAUCUGAAGAUAAAAAAAAGUCGACACUUGAGGAGGCUUCCUGGCAGCUGUUCAGAUUUUUAUGUUUUUGCAAUCAGAGUUUAAGCUGUGUGGCGAAUGAGGCAGUAGUGUGCGUGAGUGAGUGAGUGAGUGAGUGAGUGAGUGAGCGAGUGAAUGAGUGAGUGAUAGCAGUACCAGGAUAUCCAGACAUGCAGAUUUGAGGAGGGUGAUCUGGUCGGCGAUGGUUAGCGUAGUGAAGCCAGGUAGUCGCUUGGCAAACUCCACAAUCUUGAUGAUGCACUUCGUGGACAGCUCGCUGAACUUGUCCCACAGGCCCAAAUCGAGCUGGACUCUGUGGUCAGAGCUUGAGUUCUGGGGGGUGGGUGGGGGUAGUAGAAAGAGGCACACAUGUCCAAACUGGGUUGGUGAGCUCAUACAAGAGGUCUGUUUGCCACGGUUUCUUAAUUAAACUGUGGAAAACCACACUGCAUUGUCCGCAUCAGUCCAAAUGAGAAAGACUCAAGACAGACUCUUUUUAAAACAGACAGAUGGGCCAGGUCAAAAAGUUUGUCACUCACUGUGGUGUAUUUGCCCAGCUGGCACAGUGAUGGAAAUGUCUCCUGGUGAGCUUUGCUGACUUUGUUGACGAGCUCCUCCAGCUCGCCGCUCAGCUCGUAGUUCUCGGGCAGCACCGCCUCCUCUUUCACGUCCUUCUUCUUCUUGUUCCUGUCGUUACGCACUGCUUCUUUGGACAUGCCCACCUCGAAGCACUUUUGCAACCGACAGUACUGACAGCGGUUGCGGGUCACUUUGUUGAUCUGGCAGUUCUUGUCUCGGUGGCACGUGUACACCAUGUUCUUUUGGAUGCUGCGCCGGAAGAAACCCUGAAACAGAGAAAUGUCUCAUUCAUAUUGUCUGUACAGUCCUCACAUGCUGCUGUUUUAUGUUUUAUCUGCUGUCAGUGAGCUAUCUUUUAUGGAAAGUAGCAUAGUGAAACAUUGCCCCAAGUUUUCUAUUUACUAAUCCACAAUUGUAUUUUUUUUUGUUUUUCCUGUGGAACAUAUCCUCAGCUACUCACUGAAAAAAACUAUUUAUGGCUCUCUGUGUUUUUUGCAGGUUUUUCUAUAAUGACUUAAGAUGUCGCAAGAUGGCGCCAAAGCCCUGGCUAACAGGAAAGCAGUAGUUGGUUUCAAGAAAUUAUAUAUCUUUGUAUGUCAGCGAGUUUAGCCUGGAUUGUCUGGAUUGUUAGUGGAAUUUAUGAAGAGUCUUUGUCAUGUGUUUGUUUUUGCUCUGUUUCGUGGCUAUUAAAAAGCUCCAGCUGAAAAAUUAUUGCUUGACAAUAAAUUAAUAUUAUAUAUAAUUUGUGGGCGGCACGGUGACAGACUGGUUAGAGCGUCUGCCUCACAGUUCUGAGGACCGGGGCUCAAUCCCCGACCCCGCCUGUGUGGAGUUUGCAUGUUCUCCACGUGCCUGCGUGGGUUUUCUCCGGGCCCUCCGGUUUCCUCCCACAUCCCAAAAACAUGCAUGGUAGGUUAAUUGACAACUCUAAAUUGCCCGUAGGUGUGUUAUAUGUGCCCUGCGAUUGGCUGGCAACCAGUUCGGGGUGUACCCCGCCUCCUGCCCGACGACAGCUGAGAUAGGCUCCAGCACGCACGCCUGGAGUGAGGAGAAGCGACUCUGAAAAUGGAUGGAUGGAUAUAAUUUGUGAGUAAAUUGACACAAGAUUAUCAUUAUUUCAGUAAGUUUACUUGUAAUGAAAUUUGUGUUAGGUGGUGUGCUGUGAGAUUUUUCUAAUCUAAGAUAUGUGCCUUUGCUGGGUGUAAAAGAUGCUUUUGAUUGACUUGAAAGUUGUGUAGUAUUACUAAGGACACACUAGAGGGCAGAAGACUGAUAACAGUGAACCAAACGUGCCUUGUAAGCUUUUUCUUAGUGGGUGCUAGUACCUUGCAGCCCUCGCAGGAGCUGACACCAUAGUGGUAUCCAGACGACUUGUCCUGGCACACGAAGCAGGGCUUGUAGACGCGAGGCGGCGGCGGAGGAGAAGGCGAGCUGGGCACCAUCUCCUCUGAGCUGGUGCUCUGGGUCUCCACGGCUGCACACACAAAAGACGAAGCCUUCGAGUCAUUUUGCGGGACGCUCACAAGGAAGGAGAGUUUGCGAGGCGGUGGUCAGCGGGGCAUCCCCCGGAGCCAGUAGGCCAUCUCAAAAGCGGAGAAUUUUAAGAGAAAAGGGAGGACGGAGGCGUCUGAUUGACAGCGACUUAAAGUAGACACAAUUAGGUGAUGGCCAGGUGGCCCCGCUGAUAAAUCGCUGAUUGGCAGCUGAGAUUUGAUUGGCUUCUCCAUUUACAGGGGGAGCGGCAUUCCUCUGUUGAAUUUGUCUGGAGUUUUGUGUUCACAAGCUCAGAUUUUUACGUGAAAGGCCGUCCAAUGAGACGUGCCCAUAUACCCCGAGGCCCAUGUGAACAAACAAAAGCUGGAAGUUGACAAGGCUCGGCCCCUGUCCCCUCUCUCCGAGGGGAAACUGUAUUAUGACAUUUGCUAAGCUAAGGCUGUGGUAAAAACAAACUAGAAGCUAAAGCGCAAUGACAAAGUAAACCAACGAAAAGCUUCCCUUCACGUAAGAAACACAAGUAGCAGCAUCGGCUUCCUCCAUAUUUGGAGGUGAUGACUGAAGAAGCAGAUUGUCUGGAACAUGCCUUUCAACUUUCACCUUCACUCACCCCAACUUCACCUUCCUCUGCCCAUUCCCACCCCCACCCCUUGUUUCCUGGCCCUAAAUUCCUCAGUGCAGGCAGGACGGAGUUUAAUAGUUGCCCAGGCUUACAAGCGGCCCUAUAAAGGUUGUGUCUGGGAUGGGAAGGAGGCCCCGGGCCAGGCUGACGGCCCCUUUAUUGGCAUCCAGUCACCUUGGGCAGCUAUUCACACAUACAGCUCCAUCCUCGCGUCCCUUCCUAGUAAAAAUUAAAGAAUCCGGGGUCAAAAACCCCAAAGUCAGUGCCCCUCCUGUCACCUUCAACAGACGACACAAGGCCCAACCACAUGUGGCCCACCCCCACCCUGCCGCAGCAACCCUCAAAUGAACCCAGCGGCCUGUCAUUAACAAGAGUGGUAAGGUUUCAAAACGCAGAGAGGUAAAGCACAAAGGAAUAAUCCAAUAAAAACAAAAGAAAGGCGAAAGAAAGAAAAGGAAGGAGGUGAGAGUGAGGACACAAACUUCCCAGUGGACAAGAGCUUCAAACAAAGCUUGACCAUUUAACUUUGACCUUGGCUCAAGGGGGUCAUUACUACCGUAACUACUUGCCCAGCAGGCACUUUAAAAGUUCAAUGUGUAUGCAAGUGGCAUUCACCAAUUCACCCUGAUGGCUGCCAAUAACAUGAGGUCGCUUUGUCUUAUACUAAAUGACAGCAUUUGUAUAAAGAGAAAAACAAAAUAAUGGCCACAAUUUUAGAUGCUUACUAAUAAAACAGUAAUAUCUGCUUUCGUUGAUCUUCUAUACACUCACCGACCUCAACAUUAGGUACUUUGAUGUAUAAAAAACAAACAAACAAACAAAAACAAAAAAAAAAGCCUUAUUGGAUCGGAUAAGAUAAAAAUGCUCAUUUUUAAUGAGUUUGAUCGAUUAUGGGGAAAAUUCAUUACUUAUUAGCUUUUUAAAUACAAGUUUUAAAGUGGUGGGCAGAAUCACUCUGAAAGGAACAGCUGAACAGCUGUUCACCUGCCACACUGAAACAACUGCAUCAAACACAGCGUUAAACUGAAGAACAAAAACAACCCUUGUGAUGAGCAAGUUUGCCUCACAGUUAUGAGGUUUGAAUCCCUGCUCGGCUCAUGCAACUAAUGCUACAAGUAGUAAUAAUGUCCACUAAAGAGUUUCCGAUUAGAAUACACAAUACCGUACUAGAGGUUUGUUGACUUUUGAGGCUUUUAGAGCUCAGGUGAGAGAGAGUGGGCAGAGCUAAACCCGUAAGCCGAUCUGUUGAUAUAGUAACAAUGUAAGAGAGUGUCUCCGAGAGGGAAAAUGGGUGCCAUUGAAGCAGAGGUAGCGCAUCUGGCGCCAGACGAGAGGUACUGACUGACGACGUCUGUGUGUGGUGAGAAAGGGUGAGGAGGAGGAGGAGACAGGCAGCAAUGAAGGUAGAAAAGAAGAGAAUGAAGGAGAGAGGAGGGAGCGAUGCUACCUGGCGUGACGAAAAGAGGGAGAGGAGCCAAAAAGUGUCAGCAAGCUGUCAUCGCCCUGAACUGAGCGUGGCCUCGGAGGCUCGGCUUGAAGAAACAGCGGUCUGGUCUUAACCUGCAGCUCACCCCGGUGUGUGUCACAACAUCUAUCAGCAAACCUUUUGGAGGAGCCACAAGGGACGACACGACUGGUGGGAAUCGACGUCCUCGUCAGACAUCAUCGCCUUACAGUGGAGCAUGCACAUUUUCGGAACAUCCUGCCAAACUUUCUGUCACCAACAUCAGCAUACAACUAUUCGAGCGCCACGUUUGUGUCUUGUUAACGUCCCUUCCUUCCUUCCUUUCAGCCAUGAGUUUAAUGUCUCAUCAACACAGGCCAGUUUGGCCUUGUACUUUACACCUAGUUCACAUUGGAAAAGCAGCCUGUUCGCACCACCGCGUCGCUGUCCAUUUGGCGUCUAUGUUUCAGUUGGACUUGACCAAUCUGCCACUGCGUGCCUUUACGCUGACAUUGAAGUUGUUUUUUGUUUGUUUUUUUAUUGCUUGUGGAGUGGCUGUGGGGCCGACAUAGUGACAUAUGGCGUGCAGCUUGACUUUGGCCCGGGGCGCUACACAGCAUCACAUUGGGGAGGCGUCGAUGAUAGUCCGCAGUGGAACCUCUUAACUGUCCCUAAUGUUUUACAAUUUGGAAGCACAUUUUAAAGUGAAACCACAAGUUUUUCAUUGGCUAUUUUGUGAUAUCAGCACAGAAUGGUACCACUUACGGUAAAAAGUAAAAAGUGUAAUAAUACAGGGCUGCAAUGAUGAAUCUAAUUGUUUCCCAAAAAAAACGAAGCUUUGCAGGAAGCGAUUUUCCACAUGGACUAGUGUUACCGCAGUUGCAAGCACCACUCUUUGUUGAAAUAAAUUGGCGCGUUUGUGGCGAGCGAGGGAAAAGAGUUUUGUAAAAGAAAAAUAAUCACUUCACACUUAAAAAAGAAGAUAAACUACAAUGUGUACCACAACAGCACGUCUACAAUCGCCAACACAAGGUAACAUGUCGAUGUUGGUAAACUUAAUGUAGCCUACCAUCGUUAGUUAGAACAUUAUUGUAAUGCCUCCACCAGUGGUCAAUGAUGGACACAGCCACCUGUGCACUUUCUAUUGCUUUAUUGACCAAAUGGUAAGAAAACAAAAACAAAAUAAGUGCAUUUAUACACGAGCUGCUGAUGGCCACAACUCAUGCAGAGUCACUCAACAUAUAACAUUGGCGGAUCCCACAUCACUCAACAGGCCAGUCCCCACCUUUUAAAGCCAUACACACUCAAAGUCACAGAUACUACAGUUAAAUGUGAGAAGGGUGACCCCAGUGGAUAAAAAUAAUACCUGCAUCUCACAUGCACAUUAUUGUUUUUAAUAAGGCAAAAUCAAAUUUGAUCCAAUUAAUCAAUGGGAUAAUAAAGUAGAGUACUCAAUUCUAAAAAUGUCGGUAGCUGCAGACUUAGUGUGAUGAUGACCAUAAAACUGGAAAUGGAAAUAUCCUGGCUCCUCAGCACAAUAUGUCUAAAGCAACCAUAAGUCAACUUGAACAAUAGAAGAACAAAUAUGUCCACAACAAAAUCUAACCAUGAUGAACCAACAGCCCAAGCAGUAA